AGUUUCUGAAUGCGUUCAUUUUCGGCAAUCAAUAUGUUCCAAAGUUGACGACGAGAUGAUGGUGAGACUUCCGCGCUUUUUCACUGAGAAGGACUCGGGGAGCCUCUCUUCUACCAGUGUUCAGGAAUACAAUUCCCCGAAAGAGAUGAGACCGACGAACGACGCACUUUUUCUACCGAGAGUAACACAUAGAGCGACUCUUCUACCAAUGUUUAGGAUUACAGUUUCCUGAAAGGCAGGAGAACCAAGCCCACCUUCUCGCAAUGAUUCUGCUCCCUUGUUUCCAAGACUACACCCCCAGCCAUGUAUGUAGUGCACAAUUAAAAAAUCUAGAUGGUAAAAAUAAAACAAAAGCGAAUUAAGC